AUGAGUCGUGGAAGUGGAGGCGGGUACGAUCGGCACAUAACGAUCUUCUCUCCUGAAGGUCGUCUCUACCAAGUUGAAUAUGCUUUCAAAGCUGUGAAGGCUGCCGGAGUAACGUCGAUUGGCGUUCGUGGGGCAGAUUCAGUUUGUGUUGUCACUCAGAAGAAAGUCCCGGACAAGCUUUUGGAUCAGACAAGUGUCACCCAUUUGUUUCCCAUUACCAAGUAUCUUGGCUUAUUGGCUACGGGCAUGACGGCUGAUGCAAGAACUCUGGUUCAUCAAGCGAGGAAUGAGGCUGCUGAGUUUCGCUUCAGAUAUGGAUAUGAAAUGCCCGUUGACUCAUUGGCACGAUGGAUUGCUGAUAAGUCUCAGGUAUACACGCAGCAUGCCUAUAUGAGACCACUUGGCGUAGUUGCGAUGAUAUUGGGUAUUGAUGAAGAAAAAGGUCCUCAGCUCUUCAAGUGUGACCCUGCUGGUCAUUUUUUUGGCCACAAGGCAACAAGUGCUGGAGGGAAAGAGCAAGAAGCCAUUAAUUUCUUAGAAAAAAAGAUGAAGAAUGAUCCGGCAUUAUCCUAUGAAGAAACUGUGCAGACUGCAAUAUCAGCUCUACAAUCUGUUCUGCAGGAGGACUUUAAAGCUAGUGAGAUUGAGGUGGGUGUUGUGAGGAAAGAAGAUCCAGUUUUCAAAGUUUUGUCAACUGAAGAAAUCGAUGGGCACUUGACUGCAAUUAGUGAGCGUGACUGA